CUCUGUCAAUUUCUGUUUGCGCGUUUGAAGUCCGAUUGCAAAUCCCUAGUUCACAGCUUGUUUGGUUUUUGGUAAGUUUGAUCUUCAUUCAUUUCUGUUGUGAUUACUUUUGAUUUUGAUUCAAUUCUGCUUGCGUUUUUCUGUUUCCAAUUUGGAUUGAUUGAACGAAUGAUGGGUUUGAAAAGGAAAAGAAGCAGUGAGUUGGGUGAGUGGGUUUUGGGAGAUUUGAUUGGCAAGGGGGGUUUUGGGAGUGUGUAUAAGGCCUAUCCACUUAAGCUCGAGAAAGGGUCUCCCGCUAUCAUGGCCGUUAAGGUCGCUGAGGUUUCUGAUCCACAAAAGGUCGAUGCUUUAUUGACCGAGGCCAAACUUCUCUCUCAGUUUCAGGACUGCCCUUUUGUUAUCAACUCUUUUGGAGAACAGUGGACAUAUAAGUCUCAUCAUAAUUCUUUCUCUUUCAAUCUGCUAUUAGAAUUUGCGGCCGGAGGCACUAUAAGAGAUAGGAUUCAGAAAUCCGCAUCCGGCUUGUCCGAAUGUGAGAUUAAAGAGUUCACCAGGUCAGUUCUUAGUGGUCUCCAGUGCAUUCAUGACAAAGGUUAUGUGCAUUGCGACAUAAAGCCCGAUAACAUUCUUCUUGUGCACGACAUGACUUCUCAUGUCGAUUUUGUGGCUAAGAUAGGAGACUUUGGAUUGACAAAGAGCGCUCAAAAUGAGUAUUCUCGCCAAGGCACCGCAUGGUAUUUGCCUCCUGAAACUGUUAUCAGUAACAUUCAAGGGAAGCCAUCAGACAUUUGGGCACUAGGAUGUUUAGUUCUAGAGAUGUUGACUGGAACCUUGUGGCCUUGCAAGACAAGUGAGGACUUAGGCGGUUGGGUUUCAAAUCCAAUUAUUCCUUCACACUUGUCCGAGGAGGCCAAGGAUUUUUUGGCAAAAUGUCUGCAUAUAGAUGCUUCCAAGAGAUUUACGGCUGAGAGGCUCUUGACUCACUCAUUUCUUAUGAGUAAACAGAGCGUUGAACAAGUAGCUAAAGUGCCCGCAUUGUCACAAUCUCAGCAUUGUGAUAAUCGGUUGCCUAGUUUUAUACCCUUAGGGGACUCUAGCUCCCAAGAGGCACAAAAGAACAAAGAGGGUUCUGGUUUAUAUGAUAAUACCAUUUUUCCUUUGGCACUCAUGUCAAGACCUGCUAGACCUGUGGUUGCAGACACAUGGUGCAUAAAGCCAACAACUUUUGUUGUAAUGGGCGCCGCAUAGUUUUUUCCAGAAUUUUUGGGGUUCAAACUUCAAAUCAUAGCAUGGAAGCUGUUUAUAAUCUAAAGAUCUCACUAUUCUGUUUUACUGUUUAGAGAAUUUUGAUCUGAAUAUUGAAUAUAGCAUUGCAGCUGCAUUAUGUCAAAAUUUCAGGUAGAAUCUACCUGCUCCCACCGACGAGGUUUGUCCAUUGCCACCCCUAUUCCUCAGAUGUCUUUAAUGAAGAUUCUCUAUGAAAUGUAAGGGGUAUUAGUGAUAAUAAAAUUUCCUGCUAUUUUUACUGAAGAAUUUAUGGUGGGGCUACUGAUGGAUUGUUAGUGAUAAUAACAGAAGAACUUAUGGUGCUUGCUAGAAGGUAUUAGAUUUAAAAACUUUCCUCAUAUUGUUUGUGAUUACAUAAGAACUUAUGGUGUUAUGGGUGCUAGUGAUAAAAGAUAUCCUGGAAUUGUUAGUGCUACAGAUUAGGUUAUGGUUUGUUAUGAUAUGUAUAGAUAUGGGCAGUAAACAUGUGUUUUUUCUUUUCUUGUUAAGACGCCAUAGUGAAUUCACUAUAAAUAUAUCCUAGUUGAUAUUUGAAAAUGGUAUUUUAUUAUUGGCCUGUCUUGUUCUUGUAUCUGGUACAGAAACAGGUAUCCAUCUGUUCGUAUUGGUCUGUUAGUUUUGCACUGCCCUUUUGUUCCACAUAUUUGGUCGAUUUCAUCUGAAUGCCCUACUGUGAAUUGGAAUGUUUUCUUUUUGAAUUGGAUUGACUCAUUUUGAGCCCUUCAAAGUGUGAAUUCCAAUUAUCAGAUGAGCAAACGUGAUAGAUCUGCCAUUUUCUGUUCUCCCAUGUGUUAACACUGAUCAGGCAUUAGCAGAGAAAAUCAGCAGUGUUUUUGGCCAUCCCCUAUCUCGGUGUCCCUUUAAUUCGAAAGAGAAUCCUGAAGAGCACACAGUGAGUAGUGAUGUGAUUGGCAAAGCUGGCCUCUUGCAAGAGCCAAACUUUGUGAUUUGCUGGAAGGUUAACUGUGAUCCAAGCCAUCAUUUCUGCUAUUAUGGUUUAUAUAAAGCUGACCUCCGUUUUGACCACCUUGACAAGAUGAACAGUAAUAUCUUGUGGGCGAUAGUGCUUCCCAUUAUACAGUGCAUUUAGUGAACUGGAUUUGUCUUUGCACACCUUAAGAGGUUUGGAGGUCUUGGUCUCAAAACGUUUAUCAAGAUGAACCAAGCAGUUUUUGCCAAAGCUAGCUGAAGGAUUGUAAUACAAGAUCAUGGUCAUUGCCUCAUUGGGCUGACACGUUGAGCAAGAAAUAUUUGAGAGGCACUGCUGAUAUUGUUUAUAGUUCUUGAAAAAGUAUAAAGUCUGGUACUGAAACCCUUGAUUUAGGUUCAAAUGUAGAAUGGCAGAUGAUGGUGUGUGGUUUUGGACCGAUGGUGUAGUAAAAGUUCUCUCUGCUUGAACCUUGGUCAUGUCUCCUCUGAGGAGAUUCACAACUCCUUGUAUAGCUAUUUUUCUUGAUGGAGAGCACUGGAGUAUAAAGAAAAUUCAAGCACAUGUUAUCUCAACAUUAUCAAUGUUCCCAAUGUUUUUGAAGCUCUCCAAUCCCUGACACCUGUAUAUGGGGUUUUGUCUCCGCAUGUAGUCUUUGCAAAAUUCUUGAUCUCAGCACUGAAUCCAAGUGGAUCUGCAUUUGGAGUUGUAAUGGGCGCCGCAUAGUUUUUUCCAGAAUUUUUGGGGUUCAAACUUCAAAUCAUAGCAUGGAAGCUGUUUAUAAUCUAAAGAGCUCACUAUUCUGUUUUACUGUUUAGAGAAUUUUGAUCUGAAUAUUGAAUAUAGCAUUGCAGCUGCAUUAUGUCAAAAUUUCAGGUAGAAUCUACCUGCUCCCACCGACGAGGUUAGUCCUUUGCCACCCCUAUUCCUCAGAUGUCUUUAAUGAAGAUUCUCUAUGAAAUGUAUGGGGUAUUGGUGAUAAUAAAAUUUCCUGGUAUUUUUACUGAAGAAUUUAUGGUGGGGCUACCGAUCGAUUGUUAGUGAUAAUAACAGAAGAACUUAUGGUGCUAGCUAGAAGGUAUUAGUUUUAAAAACUUUCCUCGUAUUGUUUGUGAUUACAUAAGAAUCUAUGGUGUUAUGGGUGCUAGUGAUAAAAGAUUUCCUGGAAUUGUUAGUGCUACAGAUGAGGUUAUGGUUUGUUAUGAUAUGUAUAGAUAUGGGGGGUAGACGUGUUUUUUCUUUUCUUGUUAAGACGCCAAAGUAAAUUCACUAGAAAUAUAUCCUAGUUGAUAUUUGAAAAUGGUGUUUUAUUAUUGGCCUGUCUUAUUCUUGUAUCUGGUACAGAAACAGGUAUCCAUCUGUUCACAUUAGUCUGUUAGUUUUGCACUACCCUUUUGUUCCACAUAUUUGGUCGACUUUAUCUGAAUCCCUACUUUGAAUUGGAACGACUCAUUUUGAGCCCUUCAAAGUGUGAAUUCCAAUUAUCAGAUGAGCAAAUGUGAUAGAUCUGCCAUUUUCUGUUCUCCCAAGUGUUAACACUGAUCAGGCAUUAGCAGAGAAAAUCGGCAGUGUUUGUGGCUAUCCCCUAUCUCGGUGUCCCUUUAAUUCAAAAGAGAAUCCUGAAGAGCACACAGUGAGUACUGAGUAGUGAUGUGAGUAGCAAAGCUGGCCUCUUGGAAGAGCCAAACUUUGUGAUUUGCUGGAAGGUCAACUGAUCCAAGCCAUCAUUUCUGCUACUAUGGUUUAUAUAAAGCUGGCCUCCGUUUUGACCACCUUGACAAGAUGAACAGUAAUAUCUUGUGGGCGAUAGUGCUUCCUUAAGAGGUUUUAGUUAAUUGGAUUAUACAGUGCAUUUAGUUAAUUGGAUUUGUCUUUGCAGACCUUAAGAGGUUUGGAGGUCUUGGUCUCAAAACGUUUAUUAAGAUGAACCAAGCUUUUUGGCCAAAGCUAGCUAAAGGACUGUAAACAAGAUCAUGGUCAUUGCUUCAUUGGGCUGACAUGUUGAGGAAGAAAUAUUUGAGAGGCACUCCUGAUUCUGUUGAUAGUUCUUGAAAAAGUACAAGGUCUGGUACUGAAACCCUUGAUUUAGGUCCAAAUGUAGAAUGGCAGAUGAUAGUGUGUGGUUUUGGACGGAUGAAUUGUGUAGUAAAAGUUCUCUCUGCUUGACCUUGUUCAUGUCUCUUCUGAGGAGAUUCACAAUUCCUUGUAUAGCUAUUUUUCUUGAUGGAGAGCACUGGAGUAUAAAGAAAAUUGAAGCACAUGUUGCCUAUUCAAAGCUUUCUCAACAUUAUCAAUAUUCCUAAAGCUUUUGAAGCUCUCCGAUCCCUGACACCUGUAUAUGGGGUUUUGUCUCCUAAUGGCAGUGAAGUCCGCAAAAUUCUUGAUCUCAGCACUGAAUCCAAGUGGAUCUGCAUUUGGAGUUUGAACCUGCCCCAAAAGAUUAGAAAUUUUUUUAUGGCUGCCGUCUCAGGUAAAAAAUAUUACCUAAUAAACAGAGAGCCAGAAGAAAUUUGGCUGAUGGCAACAGUCUUGCUCUCUCUGCUUGAGUUUGAAGGUUAAUGUUGAUGCAGUAUGUGAUCGCAAAAAGGGGAAGUCUGGAGUAGUGGUGGGAGAUGAAGAAGGAAGGCUGAAACUAUGUAAUCCUUCAGUUCAAGGCUUCAAGCAAUCGAAAACCCUUGCAUAUGGUCUGACUGACAUUAGCUGGAGUGAAAACUCAAACUAGUGGAGUUGGAGAGCUAUGCAGCCAAUGUCAUUUAGCCUCUGUUGGGACGAGAUUUUCUCGGAGGGAAGCUAGACCACCAUGCUUGAAGGCAUCUUAGUAGUUGAUAGUAGUAGGAACUAGGAAAUGAGGAGGCCACUUUUGACCUCUAUGAUUGUAAUUGACCAAGCAUAAAUUCAUCUGAUCAAUAAAAAUAAUGCUAAUAACAGCCUUCUCUUCA